AUGGUCAAAGUCGCUGUUUUGGGUGCCUCGGGGCAGAUUGGACAACCCUUAAGUCUCCUACUCAAAUCGUCACUUCUUGUGACAGAUCUUAGACUUUACGAUGUUGUUCACGCUGUGGGCGUAGCUACGGAUCUCAACCACAUUGAUACUCCUUCAGUCGUUAAGGGCUAUCUCCCCGAGAAUGAUGGUCUUCAAAAGGCUCUUAGCGGGACGGAAGUCGUACUGAUCUCUGCUGGCAUUGCUCGCAAGCCGGGCAUGACUCACUUGUUCAAGACCAACGCCAGCGUCAUUGCAGACUUGGCUGCUGGUGUUGCCCAAUUCUGCCCGAAAGCAUUUGUUGCAAUUAUCACCAAUCCAGUCAACAGCACAGUCCCCAUUGCGGCCGAAGUGUUGAAGAAGCACAGAGUUUUCGACCCCAAGCGCUUGUUUGGCGUCACGACACUGGAUGUUGUGCGCGGAUCCAAGUUUGUUGCUGAUGUCCUUGGCAAUAUCAGCCCACAGGAUCUCAAGGUACCUGUUGUUGGCGGGCAUUCCGGAGCAACAAUCUUGCCGUUGAUUAGCCAAUCCCAGCCCUCAGUACAGCUUAGCCAAGAGCAGAUUGAGGCUAUCACAAACAGAGUCCAAUUCGGCGGGGACGAAAUUGUCAAAGCCAAGACCGGUGCUGGGUCUGCGACAACAUGUAUGGCGUACGCUGGUUUCCGCUUUGCUCAAGCCAUUAUCAAGGCUUCUCAAGGUCAGAGUGGUAUCGUGGAGCCUGCCUAUGUCUACCUCCCUGGGUUGCAAGGAGGUGAGGCUGUUGCCCACAAGCUCGGAGUGAGCUAUUUUGCUGUCCCGGUGACCUUCGGGCCUGGCGGUGCCGAGACCGCGCAUCCCAUUGGAUCUUUGUCUGAUUAUGAAGAGGGUCUUUUGAAGGUGGCCGUUAAUGAACUCGGAGGAAACAUCAAAAAGGGAGAGGCUUUCAUCCAGUCACAGGCGUAA